GGCUAACUUCUCACUUCAGAGCUCCCCAGCAGCAUUCAGAUAAAAGAAAACAGAAUGAAUGUUACUGAAUUCAUCCUCAUGGGGCUGACGCAGAACCCUCGGCUGCAGAAAAUUCUUCUUUUGAUGCUUUUUAUCACCUACAUUGUCACUGUCACAGGAAACCUGCUCAUUGUGGGGACAAUAGUCUGUAGUCAGACUUUGAACUCCCCAAUGUACUUUUUCUUGGCUUUUUUAUCUCUGAUAGAUGCAUGCUACUCAUCUUCUAUCAUUCCUAAGAUGCUGGCAGAUUUGCUAUCAGAGACAAAAACCAUCUCAUUUCAUGGCUGCAUGAUGCAACUUUUUGUUGAACAUUUCUUAGGAGCCUCAGAGAUUGUCCUCCUUGUGGUCAUGGCCUAUGACCGCUAUGUGGCCAUCUGUAGACCUCUGCACUAUGUGACAAGGAUGAAUCAUCACAAUUGCUGUGUCCUAGUGGGGGUAUGUUGGAUAAUGGGUUUUUUCCACUCUUUUGGACAGAUACUAGUUACUCUCUGGAUUCCUUUCUGUGGCCCCAAUGUCAUGGACCAUUUCUGCUGUGACAUUUUCCCUUUACUACAAUUGGCCUGUGCUGACACUUUCCUUCUUGGUCUUCUCAUUGCUGCCAAUGGUGGUGUAAUCCCUGUGAUCACCUUCUCAAUGCUUUUGAUGUCCUAUGUGGUCAUUCUCUUCUCAUUGAGGACACAUAGCCCUGCAGGGAGGAGAAAGGCCCUCUCUACCUGUAGCUCUCACAUCACAGUUGUUGUCUUGUUCUUUGUGCCAUGCAUUUAUACAUAUAUGCGACCAGUGACAACUUUUCAUAUGGAUAAAGCCAUAGCAGUGUUUUACACUCUUGUCACUCCCAUGUUAAAUCCAAUUAUCUACACUGUAAGGAAUGCAGAGGUUAAAAAUGCCAUUAGAAUGAUACUAAAAAGGAAUUCAAUCUUGGAUAACAAAUGAUUUUAAUAUGAAUAUCUUACUUUGGUACUUUCCCACAAAAUUGCCUCUUACUAAUGAGAAGUAAAAUUAAAGAUCCUCAGUAGUGC